ACUCUUCCUUCAGGUGACUCUCAGCCAUGAAGACACUUGUCCUCCUCUCACUCCUUGCCCUGCUGGCCUUUCAGGCCCAGGCUGAUCCUCUCCCAGAAGCAGCUGAGGAGACUAAAACUGAUGAGCAGUCAGAGGUAGAGAACCAGGAUGUGUCCAUCUCCUUUGGAGACCCAGAAGACUCUGCUCUUCAAGAUGCAGCCUCAAGAAGUGUGAAAUGCACAUGUAGAAAAGAUGCCUGUAUACGUUCUGAACAAAUCUCUGGGGUUUGCAACAAAGGUCCAUUGCGCUUCAUAUUCUGCUGCAGCUGA